GCCUCGUAAAUGUAACACUAGGGAAGCUUCAACUCGUUCAGAUCACUCAGAGAGACAAACCAUUGAGAAAGUUUUUAAGUGUGAAUUGUGUGGGAAGGCAUUCUCUGUAUUGGGAGACAUUUAUAGCUACAUGAAAUCACAAACUGGUGAUGAACCUUAUAAUUGUGAUGCAUGUGAAAAGACAUUCAACCAGUCAGGUACCUUACAGAGAAACAUGAGGAAACAUACAGAAAAUACACGUUAUAAAUGUGAUAUGUGUGAAAAACUCUUCAACCUAUUUUAUAAGUUAAAGAUACAUAUAAGAAUACAUACAGGUUAUAGACCUUAUAAAUGUGAAGUAUGUGGGAAGGCUUUUAUUGAAUCAGCAGUUUUAAAGAAACACAUGAGGACACAUUCGGGUGAUAAACCUUAUAAAUGUGAUGUAUGUGGGAAGACAUUUUCCGAAUCGGGCAACUUAAAGACACACAUUAUGAUUCAUACAGGUGAUAAACCAUAUACAUGUGAAGUGUGUGGGAAAGCUUUUAAUCAAUCAGGUUCCUUACAGAGACAUAUGAAGACACAUACAGAUAAUACACGUUAUAAAUGUGAUAUUUGUGAAAAACUCUUCAACCGAUUUCAUAAGUUAAAGAUACAUAUAAGGAUACAUGCAGGUUAUAAACCUUAUAAAUGUGAUGUAUGUGGGAAGGCUUUCAAAGUAUCAACAAGUUUAAAGAAACACAUGAGGACACAUAUGGAUGAUAAACCUUAUAAAUGUGAUGUGUGUGGGAAGACAUUUUCUGAAUCAGGCUACUUAGAGACACACAAGAGGAUACAUACUGGUGAGAAACCUUAUAAAUGUGAAGUGUGUGGGAAAACAUUCAACCAAUCAGGUCAUGUACAGGAACACAUGAGGACUCACACAGGUGAGAAACCUUUUAAUUGUGAAGUGUGUGGGAAAGCUUUCAACCAUUCAGGUAAUUUACAGGGACACAUGAGGACUCACACAGGUGAUAAACCUUAUAAAUGUGAUGUAUGUGGUAAGGCAUUUAACCAGUCCAGUAACUUACAGACUCACAUGAGGAUACAUACUGGUGAUAAACCUUUUAACUGUGAAGUGUGUGAAAGGGCAUUUAGCUAUUCAGAGCACUUAAAAAUUCACAUGAGGACCCAUACAGGUGAUAAACCAUACAAAUGUGAUUUUUGUGGAAAGGCAUUUAGUGACAGAUGUAAUCUAAAGAAACAUUUGUUGAUACAUACAGGUGAUGAACCUUUCCAAUGUACAGUAUGUUUGAAAACAUACAGGCAUUCAGCACUUUUAAAGAAACAUAUGAGGACACAUAGAGGUGAUAAACCAUAUAAAUGUGAUAUAUGUGGAAAGGCAUGCAACCGGCCAGGAAAUCUGCGGAGACACAUGAGAACACAUACUGGUGAAAAACCUUAUAAAUGCAAUAAGUGUUGGAAGGCAUUCAGUGAGUCAUUUAACUUACAGAGACACAUGAGGACACACACACAUGAUAAACCUUAUAAAUGUGAUGUGUGUGAAAGGGCUUUCACUGAAGCUCAGGGCUUACGGAACCACAUGAGGAUACAUACAGGUGAAAAACCUUACCAAUGUGAUGUAUGUGGAAGGGCAUUCAACAGAUUAUAUGGCUUAAGGAGGCACAUGCAGACACAUGCAGGUGAUAACGUAUAAACGAUGUGUAUGUAAGAUGGCAUAGAGUCAGUCAAAACGACAUGAAAGUGCACAUCGGUAAUACACCUGUCCGUGUGAAGUACCUCCAAAUCAGGAUCAUCAAACAAGAAAAUGAAAGAGACAGAUAACACAUUUUCCCAAUAUUUUACGACAUUGUAAAAAAAUCUUAAAUAAUCUUAAUUUGUAUGAAUUUUUAU